ACGUAUUGUAGUCGGAGAUUACGUCUGUCUGUUUUAAGAGUGUGACUGAGUGUGUGAGUUGUUUGGGCUACGGUUACGGUACGGUACUCACACCCCCGCAAACCGGUUAGCUGGUGGUGGUUCUAUCGUAAGCGCGCUUUGUGUGUGUGCGUGCGUGAUUUGUGUACGCUAAAUAAAGUUAAAUAAAAUGCAAAAGCAAUAAAUAAUACAACCAAAUUGUAAAAAGCAGAGCACAGCGCCAAAAAGGCAAAGCGUGUGUGUGUGCGUAUAGUGUAGCAGUCGUUGUGCAGAGUCGCCACCCCAGUGGAUUAGUGGCACCCUGUUACAAUUUGCUCACACUCCAAGUGUUAGUGAGUGUUUGUGUAUUGUGCAUAAACAUUAACUAAAUAAAUUGAUCAAUCAAGCCAUAGUCAAAACACUAUCGAAGUGCAGCUGAGUCACCGGGUCUACUUCUCACCUCCUCACUCCUCACGUCGCGUUCGUGUGUGCCUAGAAGGGUGUCUUUUUUGCAUUUAAUCGAUACAGCCAACAGACCAACCCCGAGCGGAAAACUCAUAAUCCGGAGUGGACUACAAAAUGGCCUAUAUGAUGCCGAAUGAACGUCUCAAAUGGCUAACGCUGUGCGCAGCUGUUGCUGUUCUUGCCACUGUUAGCAGCACUUUAGCUGCCAAUCCGCCGGAUGCUGACCAGAAGGGACCCGUCUUUCUCAAGGAACCCACCAAUCGCAUUGACUUCUCAAACUCCACGGGCGCCGAAAUCGAAUGCAAAUCCAGUGGUAAUCCCAUGCCCGAAAUCAUUUGGGUCCGUAGUGAUGGCACCGCCGUGGGUGACGUGCCCGGCCUGCGUCAGAUCUCGUCGGACGGCAAGCUGGUCUUCCCGCCCUUCCGCGCCGAGGAUUAUCGUCAGGAAGUGCAUGCCCAGGUCUACGCCUGUCUGGCACGCAACCAGUUUGGCUCAAUCAUAUCCCGGGACGUGCAUGUGCGAGCAGUUGUGCCACAAUCCUACAGCGUCAAUGUCAUGGAUGAGUCCAUUCUGCGCGGCAACAGCGCAAUCCUUAAAUGUCAUAUACCCAGUUUUGUUGCCGACUUUAUUGUGGUCGACUCGUGGGUUGAGGACGAGGAGCGUGAAAUAUAUCCGCAGGCCGAUGUCACAGCUAGCGACGGCAAAUACCUCGUUCUGCCCUCCGGCGAGCUACACAUUCGUGAAGUCGGACCCGAAGACGGAUACAAGAGCUACCAGUGCCGCACCAAGCAUCGUUUGACUGGAGAGACGCGUCUGAGUGCGACCAAAGGACGUUUGGUCAUCACAGAGCCGAUAGGCAGUGUUGCGCCUCGAGUAAAUCGCAAGGAUGAGUUCAAUCAUGAUCGCAUAAGCAGCACACAGGCCAUAGCCAUACAAUGUCCCGCCCAAUCGUAUCCUGUGCCAGCCUAUAGAUGGUACAAAUUCAUUGAAGGAACCACCCGUAAACAGGCUGUGGUGCUGAACGAUCGUGUCAAACAGGUUUCGGGCACACUCAUCAUCAAGGACGCCGUUGUCGAGGAUUCCGGCAAAUAUUUGUGUGUUGUCAAUAACUCGGUGGGCGGUGAAAGCGUGGAGACUGUUCUGACCGUAACUGCGCCGCUUUCGGCUAAGAUCGAUCCUCCCACGCAAACUAUUGACUUUGGACGUCCCGCCGUGUUCACUUGCCAGUACACCGGCAAUCCGAUUAAGACCGUUAGCUGGAUGAAGGACGGCAAGGCCAUUGGACACAGUGAGCCAGUUCUGCGCAUCGAAUCGGUCAAGAAAGAGGACAAGGGCAUGUAUCAAUGCUUUGUGCGCAACGAUCAGGAAUCCGCAGAGGCUAGCGCCGAGCUAAAACUUGGCGGCCGCUUCGAUCCGCCCGUCAUCCGCCAGGCUUUCCAAGAAGAGACCAUGGAGCCAGGUCCAAGUGUAUUCCUAAAGUGCGUAGCUGGUGGCAAUCCCACACCCGAGAUCUCCUGGGAAUUGGAUGGCAAGAAGAUUGCCAACAACGACAGAUAUCAAGUGGGCCAAUAUGUCACUGUCAACGGCGAUGUGGUUUCCUAUUUGAACAUUACCUCCGUACAUGCCAACGAUGGUGGCCUCUACAAAUGCAUUGCCAAAUCCAAAGUGGGCGUGGCUGAGCACUCCGCCAAACUAAAUGUCUACGGCUUACCCUACAUUCGUCAGAUGGAGAAGAAGGCUAUUGUUGCUGGCGAGACCCUAAUAGUCACAUGCCCCGUGGCGGGUUACCCCAUUGAUUCCAUUGUCUGGGAGCGCGAUAAUCGCCCUCUGCCCAUCAACCGCAAGCAGAAGGUCUUCCCUAAUGGCACACUUAUUAUUGAGAACGUGGAGCGCAAUUCGGAUCAGGCAACUUACACAUGUGUAGCAAAGAAUCAGGAGGGUUACUCGGCUCGUGGUUCACUGGAGGUGCAAGUCAUGGUGCCACCCCAUGUCCUGCCCUUUAGCUUUGGCAGUGAGGUCUUUAACAUGGGUGAUGUUUUGAGCAUUAAUUGUGUCGUGCUAAAGGGCGAUUUGCCGUUGGAAAUAUAUUGGAGUCUGAAUAAUGAGACCAUUGAAUCGGGACAGGAUGGCUUUACGGUCAUGCAGCUCAACAGUCGUACCAGUUAUCUCAGUGUGGAUACCCUCGAGGCCAAGCAUCGUGGGGCUUACAGCUGCAUCGCCCAGAAUCAGGCGGGUCGUGCUAUAUAUGCCGCUGAUUUGCAAGUUAAUGUGCCACCUAGAUGGAUACUUGAGCCAACAGACAAAGCCUUCGCCCAGGGCUCCGAUGCCAAGGUUGAGUGCAAAGCUGACGGUUUCCCCAAGCCCCAAGUGACAUGGAAAAAAGCAGUUGGCGAUACACCCGGCGAGUACAAGGAUCUCAAGAAAAGCGACAACAUUCGCGUCGAGGAGGGCACAUUGCACAUUGACAACAUACAGAAGACUAACGAGGGCUACUACUUGUGUGAGGCCAUCAACGGCAUCGGCUCGGGACUCUCAGCCGUAAUUAUGGUCAGUGUCCAAGCGCCACCAGAGUUCACGGAGAAGCUGCGCAAUCAGACCGCCCGCAGAGGCGAGCCAGCCGUGUUGCAGUGCGAGGCAAAGGGUGAGAAGCCCAUCGGCAUUUUGUGGAACAUGAACAACAUGCGCCUGGACCCCAAGAACGACAAUCGCUACACGAUUCGGGAGGAAAUACUUUCUGCCGGCGUCAUGUCCAGCUUGUCUAUCAAACGCACCGAGCGCUCUGACUCCGCGCUUUUCACUUGUGUAGCCACCAAUGCCUUUGGCUCGGACGAUGCCAGCAUAAAUAUGAUUGUGCAGGAAGUGCCUGAAAUGCCGUAUGCUUUGAAGGUCCUGGACAAGUCUGGUCGCUCCGUGCAGCUGAGCUGGGCCCAACCCUACGAUGGAAACUCCCCACUGAAUCGGUAUAUCAUUGAGUUCAAGCGCUCACGAGCAUCCUGGGAUGAGAUCGAUCGCGUUAUGGUCCCCGGACACACCACCGAAGCUCAAGUACAGAAACUUAGCCCUGCCACCACCUACAAUAUUCGCAUCGUAGCUGAGAAUGAGAUUGGCUCCUCGCAAUCGUCGGAGGCUGUAACCAUUAUCACAGCCGAAGAGGCACCGUCGGGCAAGCCCCAGAACAUCAAAGUCGAUCCAGUGAAUCAGACAACACUGCGCGUCAUGUGGAAACCACCACCACGUUCUGAUUGGAACGGCGAAAUCCUAGGCUACUAUGUCGGCUACAAGCUAUCUAACACCAACUCGUCCUAUAUCUUUGAGACCAUUAAUUUCAUCACCGAGGAGGGCAAGGAGCACAACUUGGAACUGAACAAUCUGCGCGUGUACACCCAAUACUCGGUGGUCAUUCAGGCCUUUAAUAAGAUCGGCGCAGGUCCUUUGAGCGAUGAGGAGAAACAGUUUACCGCCGAAGGCACACCCAGCCAGCCCCCCAGCGACACCGCCUGCACAACUCUGACAUCGCAAACCAUUCGCGUCAGCUGGGUCAGCCCACCUCUGGAGUCGGCCAACGGUGUGAUCAAGACCUACAAGGUUGUGUAUGCCCCCAGCGAAGAGUGGUACGAUGAAACCAAGCGUCAUUACAAGAAGACUGCCUCCUCCGACACUGUUCUCCAUGGGCUGAAGAAGUACACAAACUAUACCAUGCAGGUGCUGGCCACCACAGCCGGAGGCGAUGGAGUUCGCAGCGUACCCAUUCACUGCCAGACCGAACCUGAUGUUCCCGAAGCCCCCACCGAUGUUAAGGCUUUGGUUAUGGGUAAUGCCGCCAUUUUGGUGUCCUGGCGCCCACCAGCACAGCCCAAUGGCAUUAUCACCCAAUACACUGUCUACUCGAAGGCUGAAGGUGCCGAGACUGAAACAAAAACCCAAAAGGUGCCACACUAUCAAAUGAGCUUCGAGGCAACCGAACUGGAGAAGAACAAACCCUACGAAUUCUGGGUCACUGCCAGCACCACCAUUGGCGAGGGCCAGCAGUCCAAGAGCAUCGUGGCCAUGCCCAGCGACCAGGUGCCCGCCAAGAUCGCCUCCUUCGACGACACGUUCACUGCCACAUUCAAGGAAGACGCCAAAAUGCCUUGCUUAGCCGUGGGUGCGCCUCAGCCCGAGAUCACAUGGAAGAUUAAGGGCGUUGACUUUAGUGCCAACGAUCGCAUGCGCCUAUUGCCCGAUGGUUCGCUAUUGAUUAAGUCGGUGAACCGCCAGGAUGCCGGCGACUAUUCCUGCCAUGCCGAGAACUCCAUUGCGAAGGACUCAAUUACCCAUAAGCUUAUCGUACUGGCACCACCUCAGUCACCCCACGUAACGCUCUCGGCCACCACCACCGACGCCCUGACCGUCCGACUGAAGCCACAUGAGGGUGAUACAGCUCCUCUGCACGGCUACACAUUGCAUUACAAGCCAGAAUUCGGCGAGUGGGAAACAGCUGAAGUCUCUGUGGAAUCCCAAAAGCACAAUAUUGAAAACUUGCUAUGUGGCUCACGCUAUCAGGUCUACGCCACAGGCUUCAACAAUAUUGGCGCCGGCGAAGCUUCCGACAUUCUGAACACACGCACCAAGGGCCAGAAGCCCAAACUGCCAGAGAAACCACGUUUCAUUGAGGUGUCUUCCAACUCGGUUUCGCUGCACUUCAAGGCCUGGAAGGAUGGAGGCUGCCCCAUGUCCCACUUUGUCGUCGAGAGCAAGAAACGCGAUCAAUUGGAAUGGAACCAAAUCUCAAAUAAUGUUAAGCCCGACAACAACUACGUUGUACUCGAUCUGGAGCCCGCCACCUGGUACAAUCUGCGCAUCACCGCCCACAACUCGGCGGGUUUCACUGUUGCCGAAUACGAUUUUGCCACGCUCACCGUAACCGGAGGCACGAUUGCGCCACUCGACGACGGCACGGGCCAUGGAAAUGUCCAUGCCCGGAUUCCCCUGCCCGCCUGGAUGCCCGAGUGGCUGGAUCUAAACUUUAUGGUGCCAUUGAUUGCCACCGUGGUUGUGGUUGCCGUUGGCAUCUGUGUUGUCUGCGUGGCGCUCUCCCGAAGACGUGCAGAUGAUAUACGGGGCGGUCAAAAGGAUGUAUAUUACGAUGUAGUUUACAAUCAGACAAUGGGACCCGGCGCCACCCUGGACAAACGCCGCCCGGAUCUCCGUGACGAGCUCGGCUAUAUCGCACCACCGAACCGGAAGCUGCCGCCCGUGCCCGGCUCCAACUACAACACCUGCGACCGGAUUAAGCGAGGCCGCGGUGGCUUGCGCUCGAACCACUCCACUUGGGAUCCGCGCCGUAAUCCGAACCUGUACGAGGAACUGAAAGCACCCCCAGUACCAAUGCACGGCAUUGGCAAUCACUACGGCCAUGCCCAUGGCGCUCCCGAGUGUCAAUAUAGACAUCCAGGCAUGGAAGAUGAGAUCUGCCCCUAUGCUACGUUCCAUCUGCUCGGCUUCCGCGAGGAAAUGGAUCCAACCAAGGCCAUGAACUUCCAGACCUUCCCGCAUCAGAAUGGACACACGCCCGUACCCGGACAUGCCGGUACCAUGCUGCCACCUGGUCAUCCCGGACAUGUGCACUCGCGCUCUGGAUCCCAAUCGAUGCCUCGUGCCAAUCGCUACCAACGCAAGAACAGCCAAGGCGGCCAGUCCUCGAUCUAUACCCCGGCACCCGAGUACGACGAUCCUGCAAACUGCGCCGAAGAGGAUCAAUACCGCCGCUACACACGUGUCAACUCUCAGGGCGGCAGUUUGUACUCUGGACCCGGACCCGAAUAUGAUGAUCCCGCCAACUGCGCACCUGAGGAGGAUCAGUACGGCUCUCAGUACGGUGGACCCUAUGGACAGCCCUACGAUCACUAUGGAUCCCGCGGAUCAAUGGGACGUCGUAGCAUUGGCUCUGCACGCAAUCCAGGCAAUGGCUCGCCUGAGCCACCUCCACCACCACCACGUAACCAUGACAUGAGCAACUCCUCGUUCAACGACUCCAAGGAGAGCAACGAGAUCUCGGAGGCCGAGUGCGAUCGCGAUCAUGGACCACGCGGAAACUAUGGUGCUGUAAAAAGAUCACCGCAACCGAAAGAUCAACGCACCACCGAAGAGAUGCGUAAAUUAAUCGAGAGAAACGAAGCCGGCCCAAAACAACUCCAACUCCAACAAACAAAUGGCGCAGGAUUCACAGCCUACGAUACUAUGGCAGUGUAAUUUGUAAGCGGCUUGCAGUGGGCGUGGCAUUUUAGCUUAGUGUUUCAAGUCAAUGAAGUGCGUGGGAGUUGAAUGACACACACACACACACACACAUUAAUAUAUAAAUAUAUAUUUAUAUAUAUAUAUAAAUAUAUAUGCAGUCAGUCUUAUUUGAAAAGCAUUUGCAUCAGAGAAGUAAGCAACGCAUAAAGCGCACACAUAUAUAUACAAUUAUUAACUAUUUCAAAUAUUUAUAAACAAAGUCGAAAAGCAUACUUAUAUGCAUACACACACAUACACACACUGACACACACACACACAGAAAAUACCAAACAAUGUUUGUCUAAAAACCAAAUGCAAAUCAAUUUCUGCAUUUAAACAAAAACUCUUAAAACGAAACGAAAAGA